AUGAAUAACCGCAAUCGACGUUCAGCCAAUCCAGGCUCCUCAAGUUCCCCUUCUCAGGACGAUCCCGCUGGCUUUACCAACCAGCCGACCAAUCAGCCUACCAGUGCCAACGAGUUUAACGGAGCCAACAACACUGGCCCAUCUAGACCUACACAGCAGCAUUGGUCCUCUUAUGCAACCGCUGAAAUCCUCCGCGCUCACCUAGAUGCUGGCGCUCACUCUGACUCUGACGACUCCUCUUCUGAACCACGGGUGCACCCCGAUUUCUUCGUCUAUCUAGAAAGAUUGCGAAGAGUCAACGAAACCAAUCGAGUCAAUGCGCGCAGAGAGGCUGAAGCCCGGUAUGAAGCUUAUCAAGCUUCCCGCAUGCUCACCGAAUCCCAGGAACUAGCUUCUCGCAUGCUCCAUAAUUCUCAGUAUGAAGCUUCUCUGAUGCUCAACGCUUCCCAGCAUCAAGCUUCUCGUAUGAUCAACGAUUCCCAGAACCAAGCUUCUCGCAUGCUCAACGAGUCCCAGCAUCAAGCUUCUCGGAUUCUUAAUGAAUCCCACCAUGGAAGUUCGCAAUUUGCCAACGAACCUGAUCAAGCAAGCCAACGUCGUCAACCCUCAUCCUAUACCGAUGCCGAACAUGGAUCGCAGUCAUCGGCGAUGGGCAUGCGUGAGCGACAUGAAACUCAGGCUCCCACCACAGCCGUACCAUUUGACUCGAUGUCACAUGUUCGUUUUGAGGCACCUGAUUCCGUGAGUGAUGCUCAUCUCAGGGACCGUUCUCAUCACCACAGACCUCCUUCUCCUUACCCAAUGGAUACUCAGCACCAACCUUCUACUGGUCCAAGCUCUAUGGCAAAUCCUCCUGUGACAGCACCUCAGCCACCGAGAUACACAGACCGUGGAAAUCCUUACACACUCAGACGCGAACGGGCUCCAUUUCCUGAGGGUGCCGUCCCUUGUUCUCCAGAACGCAUUCUUCAAGCAUGGCUCAUCCGGCAGCAGCUAAUUGUCGGUGUUCGUCCUGAAAAUCUUCAACCUAUGUCAGUCCCUCGGGGAUUGCAGCAUCGAACGCCUCCUUACAUCAUUUUAAACCAAAGUGGUGCUCAUAUCCUAAGAAUCGAGCCUGCCAGAUUCGAUGGUGUCAUGCUUCCUAUGCUAGACCUUCCUUGGUUCCCGCGGCGCCCCAAUCCUGAGUCGUCCACCGCGCCUGUUUCGACGAAUACACCUGAUGCUUCGAAUCCGUCUCCCGCUCCAAACACCACGACUGCCCCAACCUCGGAUAGUCCUAUCAAUCCUCCAUCUGUGCUAGACGUGGUUGUCCCAGAAUUGAGCUCGGAGAGUCCUAUUAAUCCGCCGUCUGUCCCAGACAUGUUUGUUCCAGAAUUGAGCUCGGCUAGUCCUAUUAACCCGCCUCUUGUCCCAGAUGUGGUUGUCCCAGACUUGCCAUCUACUCCAUGGAAUUCACCGGUUCGUCCAUACCUGCGAGCUGCCCCAACCGUGCACGCCGCUCCACACUCCUUUGAGGUUUCAUAUCCAGAUUCUGUGCCAGAACAAAUUUUGGGAUAUCCGAGUCAGCAUGUUGCUGAAAGUCAGAACAGAGAUCUUCGAGUGGUAGCCUUCUCCCAACCUCUUAGGCUUCACGAACCUGUUGAUUCAGUCUCCACUUACGUGUCGGAUCCACGCCCAGAAGGACCAAGCACACCCGAGCCUGCUCUCAACGAGAACAGCCAAAUCCCCGUGGCUGCCACCCAGUCACAGUUGCAGGCUAGCAUGCGCCUGACUGUGCAAAACCGUACCGAUACUGACUCUAUCAGUUCUCGGGAAGGUCUUGGGCAGGACCAAGAGCCUUCGACCGUCUCUUCUGUGUCGAACGAAGGGACCGAGCCCGGCCACGCUGCUCCCCCUGAGGCCACCCCUAGCAAUGGGGUUGUGUCUCACGCAAUCACCUGGUCGGAGUCUGAGGACCCCGAUGAGCCUGCUUCACCCCGUCUCCGUCGUUUUGUAAUCGACGGGGCUGAUGACUUGCUCGGGGUGGGCCGGUUGUCUGGAGAGGCUAAGGCUUCCGGUGAUCAAUCCUCCUUGGAGGGUUGA